AUGACCAGCCUUUCUUUUGUUGGUCCCAUGGUGAAGAAGACUGUUUUGAAAGUUGAUAUCUCAUGCCAUAAAAGCAGGAAGAAGCUUCUUAAGGCAAUCUCCGGACUACAAGACAAGAUAGAGGUGGAUGGUGGUAAGAGAACCACAUCAGUAACCGGUGAUGCCGACCCGUAUGAGAUUAUUGUUCGAACAAGCAAAGUAGGCAAACAUGUAGAUCUGCACGAAGGUGGAUUAAGGGUAUUACACGUAAGGCCUCCUCCACAACCUCCAAAGGAACCCCAAAAGAAGCCUGAAGAGAAGAAGGCUGAACCCAAGAAAGAUGAUAAGAAGACCGACCCUUUGAUAAUGCCUCACUUCCACAACCCAUUAACUUGUCCCGUCUGUCACCGAAUGCAUGUCGUCUAUACAGAACCAACACAGGAUGCUCUAUCAUGUAAUAAUAAGCCUUAA